AUGUUCUCUAGAAAGCCAGCACACCCCUCUCAUUUGUCCUAUGUUGUUGUUCUGUCUGUGUCCAGAUACAUCUUUGCAGCGAACCUGAAUGAGAGUCUGAACGAGACAGAGUGGUCUAUCUACCAGGACUGGCACGGCUGGCUCCACAAACAGUUUGGGAAACGCAUCGAGCUGGACGGCAUCAUCUACCUUCAAGCCGCACCAGAGAGAUGCAUGGAGAGGCUACAUCUGAGAGGCAGAGAGGAGGAGCAGGGCAUUCCUCUGGAGUACCUGGAGAAACUCCACUUCAAACACGAGAGCUGGCUGCAGCACAAAACCAUGCGGYGAGAGAGGGAGGAAGGAAGUGUUGAUGGGAUUGUGAACGAGGAAGGGAGUGUUACGGAAGGGAGUAGGUUGAGCAUGGUAUAUGAGUAUCUGAUUGACACGCCCAUUCUGACGCUGGAUAUCAACAAAGAUUUUAAAGGGGACAAGGUCAAGGGUGCUGACGUGGUGGAAAAGGUCAAAGAAUUUCUCAGUACCUUGUAAACACCAGUAGAUGACCAUCAUAGCCUUGCCCUGGAUGGCAGCCAGCAGUGAGGACAGAUGUGGAACUUGUUUUGAAAUGAAUGAUGUCAAGAAUUUUUUAUAUAUUUUUUUAAGCAUUUUAAAUGUAUCGACUUGCAUGGGUACCUGCAUGGGUAAACACAAUAUGAUACGUUUGUAUAGCUUGGUUUCACCUUCAUAUCCUGUCUGUUUUAUUUAUCAAUAUGAAUGAGAAGGGGGAAAAACCUGAAUAUGUAUUUCUUUAUUGGAAAUCAUUUGUGUUGUUUUAUAAAUGCCUAAAAUA